UAGUGAUGAUUGGGUUGAAACGUCUACUUGUAGCUGACAGUAACACGAAGCCGAUGCUGGCGCAGGAAGUACUGAUACAAUAAACAGCUCGAGAUUGACCGAGCAUAGGUAAUAGCCGGCCCAAAGACGUCGGGAUCCUCGACAAUGGUGACUCCAAGCCCAACCACCAUGCACCCUUUUCUGGUCCUGGGAGAGGGAUCGAUAGAUUCCUUACAUCACUUCUCGCCCCCAACUUCCGAUUUCCAACUGUCUUUGCUGCAGCAUCCAUCAUCCGGCAUCCUGGCCCUCUGGCAUCUAGCAUCCACAGACAGCACACCCACAUCCACAUCCCACAUCCCUCGUUCCUCAUUCCUCAUUCCUCGUUCGCCUUUGCCGUCCGUUCAUCUUGAAGUCUGAUUCUACGCCAAUGUGGGAUUUCCCCAUCUUGGCCCAAUGCUGACUAGCCGCCUUCGCCACAGUUCCCGGGUUUACACCCCCUUCAUAACCCCAUCACCACCCCCACCCCCUUGGCCC